AUGCGCCCCACAGCCUUGCAGCCGCCAUCGUGGUUGCUGGUCUGUAUCUGGUGUGCUCUGGACGUGUGGCAGCCUGGGCUGUUGCGCGCGGGCGGCGGAGGCGGCCCACCCGACGACUGGGAUCGUCGGGCUUCCCUCGCCGCUCAACAGGCCGCGGAGCGCGAGGCUGAGCUCGCCGCGGCGCACGCGGGCAACCUCACCGAGUGCUACUCACGGCUGGGGCGGCUCCAGGUCGCACUAGCCAACUUGUCGUCGGAGCUGGUCGAGCUCCGCGGCAUUAGGAGCGAGCAGCCCACGGAGCCCAGCGCGCUCCUCUGGCACGCCAUCGGGGUAGUGCUCACUGCGGCCUUGACUCAGCUCCUGUCGAGCGACGGGAGCGUCGCCGCGGCGGAGGCCUUCUUUCGUGAGUUGGUGCCAGGGUGGGUGGUUUCUUUCUACUACGGCGACGACCCGAACAUAUGGCACGAACGGCUACUCUUGUGGCCAUCAGUGGGGGCUUUCCCCAAUGCGUGCUGGACGUGCCUCACGCCAGACGGCGACGUGUACCCCGAGGACAUGGCAUCGGGUCCAACUGGAGACGGACCGAGCCGUGUGUCUUUGACGGUGGGGGCGACACCAGCGGCUCUUCGGCCUCCUGGACGUGUCUAUAGGUUUCGCAGCCUCCCCGCCGAGAAUGAUAUGAUUCAAUUGUUUCGGGAUGCUCGUGCUGCUGCCCGCGCUGCGGGCCUAGUCCACUCCGAGCCGACCGUCUUCAUGCGCGGCGGCGACCAGCCUUCCACCAGCAUGACGGUCAGUUUCUCCGACGUGCCAGGCCUUGCCCGCCGCGUGUCGCAGAAGAGCCCGUCCGUGCUCGCGCCCCCUGUCGCGCCCAGCGCACAGCUCGACGGCGAGGGGGUGGCGCUCGCCGACGGCGAAGUGGGGGGCACAGAGACCCCAAGGGGCGGCCCUGGCCCGACGGUGCUCAGUCAUGAGAGCGCCGCCCCUCCAGGGUCCGCCUGGUUCACUAUGAAGACGAUCCCGAACGAGUGCCAGCAGCUGGACGAGGUCGUCCCGAAGGCCGGCGACGUGGUCUGGGGUGAGAGCGGGCUCUACCGCACAGCGGGCGGCUUUGUCGUGCCGAUGGAGUUUCACCCCGUCCCGUUGCCCGCCGACGUGCUGGACAAGCUGGGCGACGACGACGCUCGCAUUCUCAGCCCUCUCCAGCGGACGCGGGAGGGACGUGGGCACCGCGACUUCCACGAUGCUGUCACGGCCAUGCGACAGGAGCAGCGCGACGACUUCCCGCUCGUAGGGGAGCGUAGUUUCAAGUGGCUGUGCGAGUGCAUUGUCGACCACGGUGGCACACCCGACGGCCGCCACACCAAGUGGAUGAUGGAGAGCGGCUGCGCCAAGGACUCAGCGGCCGCCCACCUCCACGACCUCCUCGGCUUCUCGAUCGAGCUCGGGGUCACCUACGAUCAGGUGGACGGCUCGAACCUUGCUUGCAUGGAGGUGGCGCCGAGGGCCUACCAGCUGAUCGAGAAGACCAUGGGGGGCAUGAAGAUUGAGGGCGUCGAGCACUGCAUCGGCCGCCAGAAGCAGAGCGCCCGCCGUGGCGUUGCCAUGUCUCCAGGCGUCGCCAAGUACGCCACCGACCAGCUGGCCAAGGAGACGGAGAUCCAGAAGCAGCGUCGCAAGGCGCGCGAGGAGAAGACCGCCCAGUCGGGCAAGGAGAGUCAGGGGUGGCCUGGGGGCGGGGGUCGGGGCUCGGCUCGCCCCGACCGCCGCGAUGCCAGAGCCAGUUUUGUGGACGUGCUGAUGUCCAACCUCGCGUGCCUCAACCUGCCUGGGGGCUACGCCACGCCGCGGGUCAUGCCAGGGCGCUUCUCGCAGCUGGAUGGUUUGUUACUUCGGGUUCGAGGGCUGCGUCGCAAGAUGGCCGCCCCUCCGAGCACGUCGGCCCACGAAGCCUGCUCGGAGCUUUUGGGCCGCCCGUGUCUCCACUGCGACACGACUAAUGACUUGCCGCUGAGGCCCUGCGCUCCGCGCCUCGUGAGCUGGCCCGAGCUGGGAAACGAGCCUCAGUGGCUCGCGGACCGGCUUGGCGCUGGCGACCGAAGCUCUCUCUUGGACCUCGACCAUGCUUUCCUGCUGCCGCCGCCGAGCUUCAACGAGGCCGUGGAGACAGAGGGGGUGCCCACGUUGUACAUGGACCCUGUGCUGGAGCGGAACAGGCCGCUCUACCUUGAAAUCAUCAAGUCUGGCAUCUCGCGGGGCGUCUUCACCUUGGGCAAAGAACGGUUUGAGGACGUCUCCGCCUUCUUCGUGGCUAAGGAGGACGAGCGGAUCAGGAUGGUGCCGAAGGGCGCGCCCCUCUACUUUGCGGGGGUUGACGUCCAGAACGCGUUCUACCAACAUACGUUGCCAGCCUACCUGCGGUCGUACUUCUGCUUGCCGAAGGCCCACGAGCGGACGUCGGGCCAGUCCGACGCCCUGAGGCCUGAGCUGCGGGCGGUCGACUUCGUGCCGACCCCGUGCCCGCUCAGGGAGCCCAUCCAAUCGCUGUGCGUGGACAACGUCCUCGUGGUCGGCGCUGACCUCGCGGCCGUGACCGAGGUCAGGCGCGCGGCCUCCCAGGCCCUGGAGGGCGCAGGCCUGUCCGUCCAUGAGGAGGCCGACGCGGCCGAGAGCAUGAUGAUGCUCGGCGGGCAGCUCGAGGGGUGCCCCGCCCGCGCCGCCUUGGCGCCGCGGCGUUUCUGGAAGCUCUACAUGGGGCUCGGGCGCCUGGCGCAGGGCCGGCCCCGCGUCACCAGCCGCGACAUCGAGCGCGUCAUCGGCCGCUGCACCUUCGCCGCGCUGUGUAGGCGCGAGAGCAUGAGCUGCUUCAGCUCCGUGUACUCUUUUGUUCAGCAUAGGUACCAUCGUGCCAGGCCCGUGUGGGCGUUCGCGCGGCGCGAGCACAGGAUUUUCCGAGGGCUGCUGAUCGCGCUCAGCUCGGACCUCGACGCCGAGUGGUCCACGGAGGUCGUCAUGGCCGACGCCUGCGAGACGGGCCACGCCUCCGUCGUGGGCGAGUGGGAGCUGUCGGAGGUGCAGCGUGCUGGUCGGUGGCACGAGCGGUGGCGCUUCCGCCGCGCGCGUGAGGGCGACGGGGGCUGGUGGCCACGCGACCGCGCGGCACCGGCGGCCGAGGCCGCCGAGCUCGAUGCACACCCGCGGCGGACCGUGACAGUCGCGCCCGCGAGGGUACUGGCUGCCGCGCUGCACCUGGGGCCAGCUGGCGCGAUACCGCAGCGCGUGGGCGUCAGCUUCGGCGCCGCCGCGGCUCGGCGCCAGGCGACCGGGCGGCUGAAGCGCAGCGAGCUGGGGAGCCCCCGGGCGCUGGCACGCUGUGGCUCGGGCCCCCUGGGCUCGCCGCGCCGCUCCUGGGCUGGGCGCGGCCUGCCGUCGGUGGUGCUGGCGGCCCCGCGCGACAUCCCCACCAGGGAGCUGCCUCGCUCGGCGCGGCGCCGCCCGGACGCUGGGGGGCAGGCUCGGGGCGCGACCCGCCAGCUCUCCAUCGCCGAGCCGGCGGCGGUCGGACGGCGGAGCCGCAUGCAGUACAUGCGGCUGCUCGAGCUGUUCCUCCGCCGCAGCCGCCUGAAGUCCCUGGCGGGGCCUGCUGCCGACGCGGACGCGGCCCUGGUCAUGUUCUUCGACGACCUGUACCUCGAGGGGGAGAUCGCGUCCACGGGGGAGAAGGUGCUCGCCGCCAUCUUCAUGCAUGUGCCCGACUACCAGGGCAAGGGGAAGCUGGCCCUGCCGCGCGCCUACCGCGCGCUGCGCGGCUGGCGUCUUCUGCGGCCGUCGCGGACGCGGCGGCCUCUGCCGUGCGCUACUUGCACGGGCGUGGCGCGGCGGCUGUGGCGGCUCAGCGGCCGCCCCGACCUCGCAGUGUUCUGGCUGCUGAUGGUGGACACCUACCUACGGCCUGGCGAGGCGUUCCGCCUGACGCGUGGCCAGAUCAUCCCACCGCGGGCGCGAAUGUCGAAGGUGGCGAUCCAUAUCAACCCCGACUACAUGAAGAGGCCCAGCAAGACUGGCGAGAUGGACGAGACCGUGGACGCGGCGCGGCCCUGGCUGGGCAGCCUGCUGGUUCGGCUGGCCCAAGGCCCGCCCAGCAGCUCCCUGUGGAGCUUCACCAUGGCAGUGGCCAAGGACAUGUUCGAUCGCGCGGUGCGCGAGCUGAACCUGGACGGGAUGAUGCCCGUGCGGUACACCGCCCGACACAGCGGCGCGUCCAACGACCGCUUCACGGGGGGGAUCUCACUGCAGGAGGUCCAGCGGCGCGGCAGGUGGCGCCAGCCCGGCUUGGUCAGACUCUACGAGAAGCGCGGGCUCAUCCAGACGGUGUGGAGCCAGAUGGAGCCCACGGCCAGGACCUACUGCCUGAGGGCCGAGGCCGAGCUGGCCUCGCUGCUCGCCGCCGCCUCGCUAUCCGCCAACGUUUGA